UAAAACCUUUAGGGCUGAAAUACACCGGGCAUGUAAAUAGGUAUAAGAAUAGAUAUAAAAAUACAUUUUCUCCUAUGGAUAUCAUAGAAAGCGCCUACCGGACACAUAGGUUUGCGCUCCCCGAACAUAUUACGCAAUUUCAAUGAUUACAUCAAAAUGUUACACCAAAAUUAUUACGAGUUACGACAUUAAGUACCAGGUGUUUUUCUAUUUUGUUGAUCUAUAUUAAUUAUUAUUAUUACCGUUACAUUUCAACCUUCAUGAGUGUUCUUAUUUUUCUUCUUGCUUUUUGACAUAUUUCAAUGCUUAGCAACGUGCUGUCAACAUUUUGAAACCUUGAUACUUUUUACUCUAUUUUAAAUCAAAUAAAUCCCACUAUUUAUAAAAAUGGGUCCAAAGAAACAGCAAGCGAAAGAAGAACCACAACAAACUAGGGGUACUGGUGGAUUUACAGAAGUGGAAAAAACUUUUUUAGAACUUCAAGUAGCUGAAUGCAAUCGUAAAAUAGCAAGGCUUCGAGCAGCUGUUGAUGAAUAUGAAGUUAGAAAUGAAGAACUUCAAAAAGCAUAUGAUAAACUUGAUGAAGAUAGAGCAGAUAUCAUAGCUUAUCUCAAAAAGACACUCAACUUGAAAAAUGAAGAAAACAAUGAACUAAAAGAUAAAGUUAAAGGUCUUGAAGAGAUACGAGAAAUUGAGACUAAAGAGUUCAAACAAACUGUUGAUGAAUUAGAAAAAAACUUCACUACUAUGAAAGAUCAGCUUACAUCUGAAAAUAAAUUAUUAGCUGGUAAAUUGAAUACGUUAGAAGAAUUUAGAGCAAUUAGAGAUGAUUUGAUGAGGAAAUUUGAACAACAAGAGCAAGAUUUUAAAGAUCAAGAAAUGAAGUACAAGAGAGUCAUCUAUGAUGCUGAAAAGAAAUUUGUGAUCAGCAAAGAUAAAUUAAAAAAAGAAAUGGAAGGUCAGUUAUUACAGCUUGCCCAAGAUUUUCAAGAUGCAACAGAAUUAAGAAUCGCUGCUUCAACGCAUAGGGUAAUCAGAGAAAAUAUAGCUAUAAAUAAUGAGUUAGAUAAUAUUUUAGCUACACAGGCUAAAUUGGCUGAUCAGAAUGAAAAAUACAAAGAAAGCGAAAGAUCGGCUCGGAUUGCAAUGGAGUUAGCUGAAGAAGAACGAGAUAAAGCUAUAAAUAAAAACGUCGUGCAACUGAAAGUUAUAGAUCAAUUAACUAUUGCUUUUCAAGAGAUGAAGAAAAAUCAAGCUAUGCAUCAUAAAAAAAUCGUUGAUUUUGAAGUACAACAAGCGCAUAUUCAAAAAUUAAGCAAAGAAAAUGAAAACUUGGUUUUGCAAGUUAGGAUAUUGGAACAAAACUUACACAAUAAAAUGAAUUUCCAAAAUAAGGCAAUUAUCGAAGCAAAUAGAAUUGCCGAAGAAUGUACGAGAUUAAAAAGUAUAUUGAAAGAAGCUGCUAUAGCUGUAAAAGCUGCUUUAAAGUUGGAUCAAUGGGCUACCACCGAUCCUUCAAGAGAAGUCAUGGAUAGGCAAGUAUUACUGACACGGUUGCUGGAAAUUGUUUCGCAAUAUCGUGAUAUUCAGCGUGCUGAGUCUGUUGAAACUUUAGCAUCAUUCGACAAAGUAUACAAAGAGGGUGAUCUAGGAUUUGUUCCAAAACCUGUACAGAAAAAAUCAAGGCAGUCUCUUGCUGUAUCACAUAUUUCACGAACGCACGAAGAAUCUGUUACUAAACCAGAACGUACGAGUCCCUCGUCAAUUUCACUGGUAUCAUCAUCUCUUGGCAGUGUUAAAACAAUACCUAGUAUUAAAUUAGUCCCUGCUGAAUCUGCACCAGAGCUAGUUGAGAAAGAAAGUAUUCCGUCGUUUGUCACUUCAACAAAGUCAUCUGAGAGUGUAGUGGCUGAUGUGGAACCAGAAGAAGGCGAAGGAACGGAGAUUGAAAAGAUGCUGGAGGCAAGCAAAUUGGAAAUUCAGAGAUCAAUUAUGAAGGAUUUAGCGUAUUCUCAAAUGGCAAUGCAAUCUCAACUGAAAUUCUCAAAGGACCAGGUGAGAAGUUCAACAAUAUUAGAAGAGGGAGAGGAAGGUGAAAAACGUGACUCUAAAGUUGCGUUCGAUGAAAAUGUUGAAGUUGAUGAAGGAAAGACCGGAGAUCAAGAAGACGACGAUGAAGAAAAGAAAGAAGGUGACGAUACAGGUGAAGACAAAAAGGAACCAGCUGAAGAGUAGACGGAAUAGUACAUUCGUGGUUUUCAUAUUUUUCUUUAUUGUUUUAAAAAUUCAUCAAUAAACAUUUUAAUUUGUUUAACAAUA